AGUUGGUUCACCCAACCUCACCGUCCACUUCACCCUCUCGGCGAAUACCUUUGAGGACAGCCGGUCUGCAGGUCCCUUCGUUGUUGCAAUUCCCAUUGUGCGACCCAACGCUCAUUGUUCAUCCGCCCUCGAAAGCUGCGACCCCUCCCCCAUCUUCAGCAGCACUUCUUCCGCCAGACUUACCUCCCCACCCUUCGACGACGAUGUCUAAUAUCAUCGGCAACCGCAACAGCACUCCCGAGGCUUCGAGGUCUUCCAUCUCCUCGCUGGGCUCUUCCCUUCGACCACCUACCGCCUCCCGCACCAUGGCGUCUGGACACCACCUGCGUGCUUCCGCCGACAUGGGUGCCUACUCUGCCACGUCUCCUCUCGACCGCCGCGGCAUACGCCCUGCUUCCGAGGUCUACUACGAUCAAUUCUCACAAGGUCCCGGCGGCUCCAACGCAGAAGAGGUGGCAGAACGUGCGGCACAGCAAUGGAUUGCGGACAUUGAUCAAUACGAGACUACACUCGAGGACAUGGCUGCGGCCACUCUCGAUCAGGACUUUAAGGACGAACUGAGCGCGAUUGAGCAGUGGUUCCGCGUGUUGAGUGAGCCGGAGAGGACUGCCGCGUUGUAUGCUCUCCUUCAGCAGACCACGCAGGUGCAGAUUCGCUUCUUCAUCCAGGUGCUGCAGCAGAUGGCCAAGACCAACCCAAUGUCUGGAGUGCUCUCACCCGCCGCGUUCGGCGAGAAGGAUCCUCUGUCAUCGAGAAUGAACGACGCUAUGAACAAGUUGAACGUCGAGGGCUCGCGUGCCUCGUUCGGAUUCCCGGGUGGAAAGCCACCGCCGUCGCCCGGUGCUAAGCGCAUGUCUGGUCUCGACCCGAGCACGAUUAAGAGCAUGUUUCCAGAUGCUGCUCUCGCGAUCGAGGAUCAAAAGGCGGAAUUUCAGAAGACCACGGGCAGCGCACCGAAGUCGAAUAGGAAUAGUGCGGUCGGUGACCGGUCUUCGCAGUACAUGCCUACCAUCUCACAACCCGAGGAGGAGAGCAAGAGGAAUGGAGUCUCGAACAUCCCGUCAGGACCAUGGAGGAGCACAAGUGGAGCGAACACAGAGAACCAGCCACCAAUUGGUCGGCCAAAGUCCUCUCACGCUCAGCAACCACCGACUCCAAUGGGACAGUUUGGUGCUGCUCCUCCGCUUUCUGCCGGCCUUCGCGCACCUCGUCCAUUUUCACUAUCCAGUGGCAACAACGACAUUCAAAGCCAGUCGAUUCAUGCUCCACAAGACAACUCAGCCAUGGCCGCUCUCUCACCGUACCCGCCCGGUGCCAGCUGGGCGUCCAUGACCAACACUCCCAUGGUGUCCAACUUCAGCCAACAGCAAAGCGGACAACAAGCAGACAUGGUCGCCAACGCCACCGCCAUGAAACUCGCCGCUCUCUCCACAGUCAAUAACCGCCUCCAACUCGACGAUCCACGCAAGUUCCGCCGCACACGCUCGCAAGAAGGCCAAAACCAGUCCAUGCCCAUGUCACCCGGCAUGCCCUCCAACAUCCUCAUGACAAAUGAACUCGGCCAGGUUCUCAGCCCACAACAAGCCGCUGCUCUCCAACAGCAUCAGAUCGCCGCUCUUCAAGCCCGUCGUUCUCGGCCCAACUCCCCUGGUAUCGCUAUCACCGGCCCACCCGGCUCGCAACCCAACAUGGGCAUGCACAUCCCACAAUCGAACGGUUACCUCGCCGCCUACGACGGCAACAUGGCCGCGCUGAACAAUGGCCUGCAAGCCAUGAGCAUGGCUCAAUACGGUGUCGGUGGAGGUUUCGGCAACGACAUGUACCUCUCCGACGGCGGCAUGCACGAGCGUGGCCGUUCGCCGCGUGGUCGGAGAGGCAGCUCCAAGCCGCCAGAGGACCCGACGGACUUGGCGCUGUUGAACGACAUCCCGAACUGGUUGCGGACGUUGAGGUUGCACAAGUAUACGGAGCAGCUGAAGGAUAUGAGGUGGCAGGAUUUGGUAGCGUUGGAUGAGGCGGGAUUGGAGGCAAAGGGCGUUGCCGCGAAGGGCGCGAGGACCAAGUUGUUGAAGGUGUUUGAGCAAGUCCGUGAGGCUCAGGCAGACGGCCGCCUUUGA